AUGACUAAUGAAGAAGUGAAAGAAGAACUGGAAAAAGUGCUUGCCUGGCUCCAGUCCGAAGACGAUCCAGGAGUCUUGGAGAAACUGGGUGGAUUUCGAGUAGCCAUGUCGGAUUUUGAACGUGCACUUGAGAAUGUUCAACCUUCAGCGAAGCGUGAAGGUUUCGCCACGUCCAUGAAAGGUUGUGAUGACCUUGACACAGCGCAGUUUGCGGCGAAUGGUAGAUACGAUUUUUAUGGAAACUGCCCAUCCAAAAUAACAGAAAAUUAUGGAGAAGGGACCAGCUAG